AUGAACUUAGACACUCGAACAGAGAAGCUUCGAUCUAUAGACUUAGACACUCAAACAGAGGACCGCCGAUCUCUAGACUUAGACACUCGAACAGAGAAGCUUCGAUCUAUAGACUUAGACACUCAAACAGAGGACUUCCGAUCUCUAGACUUAGACACUCACACAGAGGACCUUCGAUCGCGAGACUUAGACACUCAAACAGAGGACUUCCGAUCUCUAGACUUAGACACUCGAACAAAGGAACUCCAAUUUCUAGACUUAGACACUCGAACAGAGAAGCUUCGAUCUAUAGACUUAGACACUCAAACAGAGGACCGCCGAUCUCUAGAGUUAGACACUCGAACAGAGGACCUGCGAUCUAUACACUCGAUCCAACUGAGCUUCAGAAAUGUACCUGGUUACUCUCGAACAGAGGACCUACGAUCUCUAGACUUAGACACUCACACAGAGGACCUUCGAUCGCGAGACUUAGACACUCAAACAGAGGACCGCCGAUCUCUAGAGUUAGACACUCGAACAGAGGACCUCUGCUCUCUAGACUUAGACACUCAAACAAAGGACCUCCGAUCUCUAGACUUAUACACUCGAACAGAGGACCUCCGAUCUAUACACUCGAUCCAACUGAGCUACAGAAAUUACACUUAG